AUGUUGAAGGCGAUAGUAUUUUUCGUUCUUUUAACAACUGUCAAUGGAGACUUAGGUGAUAUAUUGAAAGGCGUAAAAAAGAACAAGGAUCUGGAGUAUGUCCUUGUAGAUUUACUCAACGACAUCGUAAGGCACAAUGACCUCACAUGCAUGGCCAUUAUUUGCGAUUCGAUUUACUUGAACGUUUUCGAGGGGGCGCUGUUUGCGAAAACAUUUACUAUACCGUAUAUUAUAAUUGUAGUGGCUGAGCACGAAGACCUACUGUCACCGAAUUUUUACACAUUAGAGUCUUUGAGGCAGGCGAGGAAGGACGGAUGCAGCGCCUACGUGAUCAUUCUCGCGAACGGUCUACAAGCUGCUCGAUUGUUACGAUUUGGUGAUCGUAAAAUCUUUGACAUUCAAAAUAAACCUUGGUUUGACUUGUCUACCGUCCCCUAUCCAAAUCCCGUUAAAGAGUUCCUCAUAACACGAAGAAUUGAUGUAUGGCGAAGUGGCAAGUUCCAUUACAAUAGGCAUAUAUUUGCGGACAAAACGAAAAACUUAAAUGGGGAAAUAUUGGACGUUGUUUAUUUGGAUCAUGUUCCAUCAGUGGUGGUUAAGAAGACAAACGAUUCAAGGACAGUUGGAGGCGUUGAAAUUGAGAUCCUUAACACAAUAGCUUUAAAAAUGAAUUUCAAACCUAAACUAUAUCAGCCACUUAACGCUGAACAAAACAAGUGGGGUCAGAAGCAACCGAAUGGGUCGUUUUCUGGACUCCUUGGCGAAAUGGUCACUGGAAAAGCUGAUAUUGCCGUAGGUAAUUUACAAUACACUCCGUACUAUCAGGAGUUAACAGAUUUGAGUAUACCUUAUACGUCUCAAUGCUGGACGUUUUUGACACCUGAAGCCAUGACAGACAACUCUUGGAAGACGUUGAUUUUGCCAUUCAAAUUGUAUAUGUGGAUCGCUGUGUUACUGGUUUUAUUAGUAACAGGGUCAAUUUUCCAUGGAUUGGCCAAAUACUACAUGCGUUUGGUGGAUUACAGAAAAGAAAACGAAAAAUAUAAAGACACCGACCUUCAAACGAAUAAAGGUUAUUCGGGUAAUUAG